GUCCCACGCUGACAACCACCCACAUCAUGGCUUUAUUGACUGUCGUUCUGAGCUUUGCACUUUUAGCGAGCAGUAGUGCAGGAGUGUUGCCGGUCGUGACGUACGGCACUUCAUAUUCUGCUCACAGCGUUGAUCACAGUCUCGCAGCGCCCGUGGUUCCAGCAGUUCAUGCAGUUCCGGCCCUUCCAGCAGUUCCAGCAGUCCCAGCAGUCCCUGCUGCUCUUCAUGCUCCUUUUGCUCCUUUCAACAGCCCUGUCCUCUUCUAAUCUUCUA